AUGGUUCUGUCGCAGUUUGAAGAAAAGCCCUCUGACGGUGAAGCCCUGAGCUCAGCUCAUGUGGUUUCUUCUGCACCAGCGGCCAACGGUGUGUCGGGGACUUCCUGUCCCAACGGCCUGGCGGCUCCCCCUCCUCUACUGCAUGCCGAGAUGACUCCGCACCCCGCUCGAUCGGCAACCUCUCCGUCGCUUCCUGGUGAUAGCCAGGACUGCUCCGCUGCUGUCCCGGAGCAGCAGCUGUCAUCCCGGGCCACCAUUUCUGCUUCACGCCGGAGGCUUCUAGAGGUGGCGGUGCGGAGGCGUUUGAGGAACAUCCACUACCCUGGCCCAACCCUGGAUCCUCGUCCCGGAGCUGAGGCUGCUGCCUGCCACAGCGAUCGGCAUCUCCCGGAGCCCACGAAGCUCCUCUCCACCAGAUCGGACACCACCGUCGGCACAAGGACCACCACCUUCCCUCCCGCUGAGCGGCCUACCUCGGCGGUAAGGCGGAUGGACACACGCCCGACUCCGUCCCCGGCUCCUCUCCCUGCCCAUCGCCAGAAGGUGCCAGCAAAGCAUUCCCCAGCCCCUGAUGGCAGCGUCUUGCCUCACCGGUCACCUCAUCCUCUUUUCAGUCCUACAACAGUCAUCACUGGCGACAGUAUUGUAAGAAAUAUCCGUUUCUUCAACGGCAUCACUCGAUGUUUUCCUGGCGCUACCGUUGCCGAUAUUCUGGACAAACUUCCCAAGCUGCUACUGUCCAUCCCGUCAUCAGUAUGCUGCUUGAUAAUUCAUGUUGGCACAAACGACAUGGCUCGGCGACAGUCUGAGCUGACGAAAAAGGAUUUUAAUGACCUCUUCAGCCUGCUGAAAAAUUGUGUCUUUCUUCAGGGGGGGUCCUCCUGAAAAGGGCUGCAGCAUCUGGUCUGCUGUUGGGGGUGCUGUCUGUGGGUCCCUUCGCCCUGGUUGGAUGGGGGGUUUCCCACCUCGGUGUGGGGUCCCCCUGUCUGUCGGGGUCUAGGGGGGUACGUGCCGGCACCCCCGGCGGUCAUGGCCUGCAGCUCCUCCCAGUAUGGACGACCCCAGUGGUGACGUUUUCCAUGACCCUCGGUGCCAUGCCAUGUCUCCAUACAGUUGUGGUGUGCGUGCGUGCGUGCGUGCGUGCGUGCGUGCGUGCGUGCGUGCGUGCGUGCGUGAACUCCUCUCCACAGAAAAACAAAGCCCAGUUUCUGGAGGAAAAUUGGGACAUAUGUAUUUCUUUGUGUGCUUUCAUUUACAGUAAAGGACAUUCAGACCUCCUGCAGAGGGAUGGAGUUCCCUGCAGAACAUUAACACCUUGGAAGAACCAUUUGAAAAUCAAUGACUCUCACUUUAUGCCGUGAAUAUUUUCUUUAAUCAACACUCAUCCAGACCUAACCUUCCUUCCCCCCUCAGGAAUGCCAUCUCCCUUUGUUAGCAGGAUCUGAUAAGACAGGUCGUAAAAUUUUAUGACCCUGGAGACUGGUACCAACUUAAGGAACUUAACUAAAACAGAACAUCCUCCAAAUUCAUAUUUCUGAGAUGUAUUUUGUGUUUUCAUGAUUACCGAAGUUACAGAAAGAACUUCAUCUAUAACAUAUUCAAAAAUUGUGUUUUUAUAUAGAACUCAAGUUAUGAAAUGUCUUGUUGAAUCCAAUUUUUUCCACAGUCCCACAGUGCCCCCGACUGACGUUGGAGGAUGCGAUGAUUUCGGAAUGAAUUCCAUUAUUAACCUCUGAAUUUAUUUUCCAUUAAGAAUGUAAAAGGUAAAACUGUGUUAUUCAUUACCAUAUGUAUGACAUGUUAUCAUAUCUUCACUGUGACAUAUAUUUUUAGUAUCUAGAGCACAUUCACAUAUGGUUUAUUGAAUUAAAUAAUUCACAUAUUUGUUUGCCUGUAUAAUCAAGAAUAUGUUACCUUUGAUUGUAUUAAAGUAUGUUUUAAGGAUCAUGGUGAGAGAUAAACUGAUCGCGUUUGCAGAUUUAAUAUCGUAUUUUAAUCCACUCUUGACCAUCUCUCGUCCCCCCCCUCCCCUGAAGACAGGGGAGUGAUCAGGUUACUAGUAAGAAUCGCGCCAAAAGUAUCCUCUCCAUGCCUCCAGGCCGGACAGACUGAUAAAGGCCGGACAACUAUGAGGGGCCGUACAAGACUUAAUUCAUUCUCGUCCUCUCACACACAUAUAUUUUCUUUCAUACUUGCAUACGUUCUCCUGUCACACACAUACAUUCUCCUUUCACAUACAUACAUUCUCCUUUCACACACAUAUAUUUUCACUCUCUUACACGCAUACAUUCUCCUCUCACACACAUACAUUCCCCUUUUACACACAUAUAUUUUCCUUGCACACACAUACAUUCUCCUUUCACACACAUAUAUUUUCCUUGCACACACAUACAUUCCCCUUUUACACACAUAUAUUUUCCUUGCACACACAUACAUUCUUCUUUCACAUACAUAUAUUUUAAUUUUCACGCACACACACAUUUUACUUUCACAUACGUACAUUUUCACUCAUGCACACACAUACAUUCUCCUCUCACAUGCAUAUAUUGUCACACUUGCACAUACACACAUUCUCCUUUCACAUUCAUACAUUCUCCUAAAUAAAUAGACAUAUAUGUAUAUGUACAAAGAAAAUAUGUGCAUGUAAGAGAAGAAUGUAUGUAUGUAAGAGGAGAAUGUAGGUGUGUGAGAGGAGAAUGUAUGUAUGUGCGAGAGAGAAUAGUGGAAAAGGAAGUAAGUAUAGUGGAAAAGGAAGUCCAUCGUUUUUUGUGCUGUGAUUGGCUGAAAAACUCAAGUGGGCGGUGAUGUUCAGGAAACGGUUACCAUGGCAGGUGGAGAGGAGUCCCGAGCGCUUCAGCAAGCCAUUGGGGUUUUAAGAAACAUUUUGUCAUCCCCAGAAACGGUCACAUAUUAUCGUCGUCGCUUGAGCAGCAGGCGACAGGUUUAUCUGCACCAAACUUUACUCACAGCACUGUGGAAAGUGAGAUGAGACAACUUUUCAAACCUGCAAACUUCCAAGUCGCUUCAGCGGGACAAGCAGCUAACGCUAACGCUACACAAGGCCGAACUGGAGGAUUACUUCUUGUAGAAUUUUCACACUCCCCAGAAAAAAUCUGACUCCCCCUUCGCGUGAACGCGUGGCCACUUGACGGGGUUUUUGUUGUACGUUUACUGUUUUUGCUGUUGUUUUCGGGUUAAAUGUGAUUAAGUACUGAACUGCAGACAUGUUUUCCUGUUAAAUAUGAUUAGGUGACAUGUUUCUCCUCACAUUUAUAAGUUUAACUUAAAUACUAUUUCCUGAAAAAAAUAUGUUUUUAUAAAAUAAAGACAGUCUUUCUUGA